AUGGGCCCCUGUACCGCCUCCUCAUGCUGCUGCCAGGCCCGUAAUCUGCCAUGGGCCCCCGUACCGACUCCUCAUGCUGCUGCCAGGCCCGUAAUCUGUCAUGGGCCCCUGUACCGCCUCCUCAUGCUGCUGCCAGGUCCAGAGUGUCUCAUGGGGUCCCUGUACGGCCUCCCAUUGCUGCUGUCUCCAUCGCCACACUCUGCCAUGUGCCACUUUCAGGUCUCCUCACACUGCUGGUGGGUUCCAUUUUGUCAUAGGGUGCUGUAUGGCCUCCAUUGCUGCUGCCUCCACCGCCACACUGUGGCUCCACACUCUGGUUUUGGCCCCGUGACUGCCCAAAUGAGUGAAGUGUGCGGUGAUUCUAAGAUCGACGGCACUCAUCUGCAUGUCAUACUGACUGACAGUAUUAUUUCUCUUCCCCAGCAGACUCCAAGGGCAUUUAAAUUAAAGGUACAGUGUUCUGCACUAAUAUAA